AUGUCAAAAUACCUUCGUCAGUACUGGCCUGGGUCGCCAACAAAGACUGAAAAAGACUUGCCCGACUUGCAAGGACGAGUCUUUAUUGUCACAGGCGGCACGGGGGGCAUCGGUCUGGCCGUAGCAACAGCCUUAUUCCACGGCAAUGCAGCGCGAGUCUAUCUCCUCGGGCGAUCUGAUUCUGCCGGCUCAACGGCCGUGAGCACCAUCGCCAAAUCAGAUCCCCCGGGCGACAUGAAGCGUCGCAGCGCAGACGGCGACGGCGUUGUCAAGUUCCUCAACCUGGAUCUCUCGGACUUGCAGGGCAUCAAGAAGACGGCCGAGGCCUUUCUGGCGGCAGAGACUCGCCUGGAUGUCAUCUGGCACAAUGCGGGCGUCAUGGCCCCUCCCGAGGGAAGCGUCAGCAAGCAGGGCCACGAGCUUAGCUUUGCGACUAACGUGCUAGGUCCCUUUUUGCUGCAGCAGUUUCUGACUCCGAUUCUCGUCAAGACGGCGGAGAGCGAAGGUGUGGCCAAGGGAUCUGUUCGUACUUGUUGGGCGGCCUCUGUCGAGUUUCCUGAUCCUCCUGGCGAGGAUGGCAUCGUGUGGGAUGACUGGGCGCUGAGUUCGUCGGAGUUUUCUGGGUUGAAUGGGCGAGUGCAGCGGUAUGUGCAGAGUAAAUGGGCCAAUGCCAUUCUCGCGACGGAAAUGGCCAAGAGAUAUCCCCAGAUUGUCAGCGCGUCGUUCAACCCUGGCGCCAUCAAGACGGAUCUCACUCGUCACGCGCCGGGCAUCUUGAAGAGUGUCCAGGGGUUCUUGUCGUAUCCGGCUCGGUUGGGGGCCUUGACGGAGCUGCAGGCCGGGUUUGGGAGCGAGGUGGCUGAGUAUAAUGGGUGUUAUCUGAUUCCAUGGGGGAAGAUUGGGAGUCCGGUUCCAAAGGUUGUGGAGGGGAUUCAGAAGAGGGCGUCGGGGGAGAGGUUGUGGAAUCUCUGUGAUGGCUUGGUCAAGGAGUUUUACUAA